GGUCCAAUUGAAAUAGCGAAAGCCCAAGGAAGGCAUAGACAACCGACGCAGUCCUCCGUGACGACGACGGAGGCUGCAAACGAAAAGAAUCUUCUCAAAGCUGAGUCUGAGUCACAGUCACAGUGACCCACACGACGCCAAAGCAGUCAAGUUUCAUUUCAUGGAGACGCAAUCGCAUGAAAAUUUGCAGCAUCCUCCGGUUCCGGUUCCGGUUCCUUCCAGUGAUGCGCACAGUAACGAUGCGUCGAACCACAGAGACGCUGAGCAAAAUCAGGAUGUUUCUAAGGAAGAGGUUGUGCAGAUUCUACAAGUUAUUGGAUCCACCGGGAGGUUCUGGCAUGACUGGGAUAAGUUGAAGAGUAUGCUAUCAUUUCAGCUGAAGCAGGUAUUGUCAGAAUACCCUGAGGCAAAAAUGACAAGUGAGCAACAGUACGCAUCACUGGGAGAAUCCUACAUUGAGUUGGUCAACAGAUUGGAUGAAGCACUUACUUGUUUCAUUGAAGGCCCUCCAUUUACAUUGCAAAGGCUUUGUGAGAUCCUAUUGGAUGCAAAAAACAUUUAUCCAAAUCUUUCAAAGCUUGCUUUAGCUCUUGAAAAGAACUUAUUAGUUACAUCUACAUUAUCAAUCUGCACUGAGCCAUACCCACAAGCUACAGCAAAAGAGCCAGAUGACCAAGAGAAGACAAUUGAAAAGCAGAAGCAGCAAUCCGAUACUGCUCAAAAUGGCAUUGAGCCUCUAGUGUCUUACAAAGAUGUAGUAAUGACUGAGGCUGAUGUGGGUGAUGAAAUGACCAUUGACAUGGAAACUUUUGGAGGCGUUAAAUCCUCAGAAACAAAUUCUGAACCAAAUGCUAAUAAUGCUUAAGCUUGAUGAUUACUGUGCAACUUGCGCCUUUAAAUCCUUAAACUCUGAUGAGCUCAAAGACUUGGAUGUUUUCACUUGGUGAGCUUCAAAUGCUAUGCGGACAACGUGGACCUUGGACAUUGCAGAGUGCUUUAAUCCCUGGUUUGGUAUUCAUUUAAGGUAGAUAUUAGCAUUUAAAAACCGAACAAAGUUUCUAUAUUGUAUCUAUUGGAUGCAAUGCUUGUAUUGGUGACACGAGGUUGAAUAUCUCACUGUAGAUUUGCUUUUAAUUUGUGGUCCUAGUUAAAUUCACAAACUUGUUAAUGAACUUUGACCACCUUAACUAUGGUACUAGCUACCUCGCAUAUUGGUUGGUUUUCUGCAAUGAAGUGGAUCAUUAUGCUUUUACUAGUAAUAUUUUAGGCUAUCAAA